GGGCUGGAAGCGGGGCAGACAGUGAGGCGGAGGGAGCCCGGAAGUGGCCUCUGCCUCGGCGUCCCUCCCUCCUCCUCCUCCUCCUCCUGCUGCUGCUGCUCCCCUUCCUUCCUCCAUCGGGAGCCCGGCAGAGCAUGGCGGACACGGCCUCGCAGGUGCUGCUGGGCUCCGGCCUGACGGUGCUCUCCCAGCCCCUCAUGUACGUCAAGGUCCUCGUCCAGGUGGGAUAUGAACCCCUCCCUCCAACUCUGGGAAGAAAUAUUUUUGGGCGACAGGUCUAUCAGCUGCCUGGCCUCUUUGCUUAUGCUAAACACAUUAUGAAGAUUGAUGGAAGGGCUGGACUCUUCAAAGGUUUGGCUCCUAGACUCUGUUCUGGAGCCAUUGGCACUGUAGUACAUAGUAAAGUUUUACAGCAUUGCCAAGAAGCUGACCAAUCAGAGGAACCAGAGACCAGUCGAAAGGAAUCUGGGUCCUCUCUGGAUCAAGUUAUUAAGGAGACUACUCAAGAGAUGAUUGCACGUUCUGCUGCUACUCUAGUCACCCAUCCCUUUCAUGUGAUCACACUGAGGUGUAUGGUGCAGUUCAUUGGCAGAGAGACCAAGUAUAGUGGAGUGUUCAGCUCCUUUGUCACCAUUUACCGGGAAGAAGGCAUCUUGGGAUUCUUUGCGGGCCUUAUUCCUCGCCUGCUUGGGGACAUCCUGUCCUUGUGGCUCUGUAACAUGCUGGCCUACCUCAUCAAUACCUAUGCACUGGAGAAUGGGGUCUCCACAAUGUCUGAGAUGAAGAGUUAUUCUCAGGCUGUUACUGGAUUCUUCGCCAGUAUGCUGACUUACCCCUUUGUACUUGUCUCAAACCUGAUGGCCAUUAAUAGCUGUGGGCUUGCUGGCGGCCUCCCCCCUUAUGCGCCAGCUUACGGCUCCUGGUUGCACUGCUGGAGCCAGCUACAGAGGGAGGGCAACAUGAGCCGAGGCAACAGUCUGUUUUUCCGGAAGGUGCCUGCAGGGAAGCGGUACGUGUGGGAGGAGAAGAGAUUUCACUGAGUCCCAGGCCUCUUGUGGCUGCUCCAGAUGCACAGAAAUGAUGGCAGUGUGUUGAUUUCUAUACAGUUCUUUUUUAAAAAAAUUAAUCAUUUAAUCUUGGGAAAUGGACUUGGCUAUGAGCAUGACUUAAUGAAAUGGGUGCAAAGGGUGGUGUGCUUGUGGGGAAGAAUUUUACAUUCAUUUUUUAGAUCAAUGGAGAGAGGUGGGGCAUUUGAUUGACAAAAAAAAAGAGCCACCACUCUUGGGCAAAGUGCGUGUGGCUUUACCUUCUCCAGAGAGGAAAGUGGUGGAGGGAGUGUUCUCUUCCUUUCCCAGUGUUCUAAUGGGGCUGUACCUUCCUAUGACCAUCCCAUCCCUGGUCUAGUAUGAACUGGUGGUAGGCCUCUGUACUUCUCCUAGACGCAAAGAUUCCAGGUGGAAUGGGGUUUCAUUUAGUCCUGUGUAUUUUAUUCAGAUUUUCUAGAUUAAUUUAUGGAUAUUUUUCUCCUGUCCUCUGGCAAGUCCCCCCCCCCCUUCAUCUCUUCAAACAUAUUGAAACCCAGGCUUGAAAAGCCUAGAAUUUAAACUGCAGUUCCUGCUUGGCUUUGCAGCAAAUUAAAUCUUACCAGGACUGUUGUGGAAAAAUCAAGUAUGUGUUCAGUCCCUAAGGAGAUUAGGAGAAUGCCUCUAAACUUCCCUGGCUACCCAGCUGAGGGAUAUUUGGCCUGUGAUGACCACCACAAGAAGAAGGUAUUUUUCUAUAGUGCCAGAUUCAUGGGGAAGUUUUCUUGCACAGCUCCUCAGCGGGAAGAUUAGGCAGCCUUUCUCACGUAAGUUAUUGUGGAUAUUCAAAGAGGAAGGUUUGUGGCACUGGGGAGAAAAUUCAGCUAUUUUCUCCUUUCUUGUGAGGAGCUGUACGCAGAUAGUUGGCCCAUAGUGAUAAUCGUGAUCUUUCAUAGACCUAUCCGUGGCCAUUGUAAUGUGCUGAUCAGUUCUUAGUAGCUGGUGUGCUGGAGCACUUUGGGAACAUCUAUUUUUAUACAAAAUUUCUGCACAAGCAAUCAUCUUCAGAAACUGAUACUCUGCCAGAGGUAUUUGAAAAGUGUCCAUUGGAACCAAGAGACUCUAAAAGAUAUGAAUGUUCCUGGUAAAACUGCUACUUGAAAGCAUGAUUAUAAAACCACUGGCAGUGCUGAAUGUGGCAGGUUGACUCAAUUUGCCCUUAGGAAAGCUCUAUUAGCAUUCUUCAUGUUAAUAAAGUUGUAGACAGUGCAACUCAA